GUGAAGAUGUGGAGGUGCCCGCUGUGCGGCCAAAUCUACGUCUCGCAAGAGGAGCUCGGCAUCCACGUGCUCGCCGAGCAUGUACAAGCGGCCUCGCCGCAGUAUCAGUGUCCCCUCUGCGAGCAUCCGCCCACCUCGGGGCCCCGCCUCGCGCACCACAUCACCGACAACCACGCCUCAGCGCCCCUCUGGAGCUGUCCGCUCUGCGACCAAGGACACGAGAACAAGUCGGCGAUGCUAGAGCACGUGGUGCGUAGUCACGUGUCGGUGGCGGCGCAGACCACACAGUGUCCUCUCUGCGAAAAGCAGUAUAUGACUGACGAGGAGAUGGCCGACCACCUGCUCAAACGGCACACUGCCCCCUCCACCGUCAUCCCCACCUCCGCCACUGCUCAGCAGAGUGGCGCCAAGUUCAAAUCGCAGUUCAAGCUCAAGGGCGCUGCCGACUCCGCCAAACGGUUCAAGAAGAACAACUUUGCGCGCUCCUGAGUGACAGAGUAGACUUGUGAAAACUUUAGGAACAGUCGUAAUCUUGUGAACAAUCAAUUAAUUAUCUUUAUUGAAUGAUUAUCGAGAAAUUAUUUUUGUUUGCUGAA